GAAAAUGACACUUAGAAGUGAGGGAGAGCCCAACUUCAGAGAGGACAGGAAGCUUAGAGUAGCCUGCUGGCUUGGGCCCUCUUUGACAUUGUCAGACUUGGUAGGGCACAGAGAGAGAGAGAGAGAGAGAGAGAGAGAGAGAGAGAGAAAGGGUCCGCCUCACCUCACUGGUGUAAACAGAGCUCCUGCUAAUGCUGCCUGAUCCUUAGAGGGCUUAGUGCAGUGGCCAUGCUGGAUGGGGGCUCAACGAUAUGCUCUGUUCUCUUAAUUGGCCAAAGAUCACAGCAAGACUUCAUCAUGGAAACCUCUGAAGCACCAUGGAACCUGAUGCCUGAUCCAGUCAGAUGUUCAUGAAGGAUUUAUCCUAGCCCAGCAAAACAGUGUAAUUCUUAAAUAUUCUUGUUAAAUGUCCAGAGAUAAGCUUGAAGAAGAAUCGUGAGAGAAACUGACUUUCUUAGGUCAGUGGAAAUGAUGCCAUCCAGCCAAACUGAAGCUACCUCAGAUCAGCAUGGCGCCCCUGCCCCGCCGGUCUUCCUACGCAAGCUGAGACGGGCUGCUGUAGCAACAGGAUGCGAUGUCCGAUUAAGGGUUACUGUCGGGGGUCGCCCACAGCCAACCCUUCAUUGGUACCGUAACGAUGACCUACUGCCCUCUGAUGACCAGGACUACGGAGGGCUGUGGAUUAGGGACUGCCACCAAGCCGACGGUGGACUUUACACCUGUGUGGCCAUUAACGCCAUGGGGGAAGCCAGGACCAGUGCAGUGCUUGCCGUGUUGGACCUUGGUGAAGACUCAGAAAACACAGAUGAUGAGAACGGGGAGUCCCAGGUCUCCAUGGAGACGAAAGAAAGGUCCAGGACUCAAGCUGUUGGCAGUCAGCUGAAAGGUGGUGGAAAGACAACAGUUGCCCAUAUUCCCACUCCAUGUGAUGGCCCCAUAGUGGAGAGAGAGAUGAUGGCCCUGGGCUCAAGAGCCCCAGGUCUACAAGACCCCCUCCAGCCUGGCAGGCAAGCAAAUGCUGGGAGCCAGUUGGACUCUUUUACAGGGGAAGCGUCCCCACUUGUCCCAAGUCAACCUUCAGAAAAUGCCCAGAGCCCCAUAUCUCCCACACACUUCAUUAGUGGGGCAGACUUAACAACAGCCCACAAUGGUAACAAAAAGGUAGAAGAUGAACUCCCUGGAAAAAUCAAAUCCUCCACCUCAUCUCUGAGUCGUGGUUCCCAAGACCCAGCCUUGCUCCAGACAACCAAACUCCCUCAAUCAGGUUCCAAAAUCUUUGAUAAGGUAAGAGCCUUUGAGGAACGUAGACACAGCAUUGAUGCGCCAAAAGUGACCUCGUCAGGGCGUCCGAGGGCUGGUUUCAGGCAAAAUAUAUCCAGUGGUCCUGAAGAUGUGAAUAAAGCGUUUAAGGUCUGUGACAACCCCGUAAGCGACGUGGCGCUCAAAAGGUCCAUCUUCAAACAGAGAGCCUCCUCGCUAGAGGAACAGCCCAGCUAUGCCCGAAAGGUCCAAAACUUUCAAAGCAAGUUCUCAGAGGAACUUCAGCGGAUUAAAAAACUCGUCGGGAGACCUAAUAUCAGGAAAGCUUUCUCAACUGAGCACCUUGCCCAAACUAACAGGCAGCCAAUGGGCAAAGUUGAAUUAUUUGAUAGACUUAAUGAUGCAGAUGAGAAAAAAAGUAACAAUGCAGAAGUAUCUCAAGAUGACCUACCAAAGCUACCAGCAAAGGAACUGUUGCAGCAAACAAAAGCAGAGCUGUUCUAUGAAGCACCAAAAUGUGAAGGCAUAUUGAAAAUAAAACCCCAAGUAGAACCUACUGAUGUUCCUGAGAGCCAGUUAAAGAAAGACUUACAGCCCAACCGUUUAGUAGAGAGCAUGGGCACCUUUGAGAAAGUCCCUGUUCAGAAAGUGUCGGAACAGUGUUCACCAAGGAUUACCAGAAAAACCUUGGGAAGUAGAUUACCAUCUCCUAUGAAAGAGGUACCAUCUCCAGAGGCUGAACAGCCAUUGCCUAAGAAGGAUCGAAAGUCUACAAGCCCUGUGGCCAAAAGAGCGCAGUCCUCCCUCCAAGAAGAAGCAACCCGAGCACCUCCAAAGCCCCCAAGGCUUCUUGGGUCGGCUUCCACAUUUCCAAGAUCAUUUAAGGGAAGAGAAGAGAAGAAGUCCCCAUCACUCCUACCUAAACUGACCAUACCUACCAUUGUAGUUGAAAGUGAGCCUAUGAGGGGAAACGAGCAGAUGACAGUGUGCGGGCAGAAUAUAAUAAAAAGAACUGAGGAGAAGAAAAGAGAUGGAAGAAGUAAACAGAGGCGACCAAUGUCCCCAGAGCAAGAGGACUCCUCUGAUGAUUCCUACAUGUCUACAGAAGAGGAUCCAGAAGGGCUUCCUGCAUUUGAACUUCCUCUGAAGGAUGCUAUGGUGGCCCCUGGCUCAGAGGUGAUGCUGGAGUGUGUCAUCACAGGAAACCCUUACCAAGUGACGUGGAGGAAGGGUGACGUGCAGCUAAAGGAUGGCGCGGGGUAUGAGGUGAUAGCAGAGAGAGGGCGGCACGCUCUCCACAUCCGCCAGAUGAGACCCAGUGACGCAGGCACCUACUCUGUUAUUGCUACCGGCAAAUUGGGACGGGUGUCCAGCAGGGCUACGCUUUUCAUCCAGUCAGAGCCUGUACAGAUGAGAGGUGGAGCUUUGAGCUUGCCGCUGGAGCAGACUUGCAGCCCAGUGGCCUCUGAUGAGGAGUUUCUUAGCCCCAUGGAGGAAGUUGUGGAUUUUGGGAUGCUCAACAGGAAUGAAAGGGCACGGUUAAAAGAACCUCCCAUAUUUCAGGUUGCCCUGGGUGACCAGGUAGUGACAGAGGGAGAAGAAGUCGUUAUGUGUGUCCAGGUGUCUGGGCAGCCGAAACCAGUGGUCCACUGGCUUAAGGACAGACUGAAUAUUAGACCAGAUGGCCAGCACGAGCUCCAUGAAGUGGACAAUGGGAAAUAUAAGCUGAGAAUCAAGUCGGCUGAAAAAUCAGAUGCUGGAGUUUAUGUGUGCAAGAUUAUUAAUGAAUACGGUACCAAACAGACUGAAUGCCGACUGGAGGUGAAAGCCCCUCCUCCACCGGAGGUUUUGGCUAUCACCAGCCCCGUUCAGGAUGUGAGGGUCCGCGCCGGCAAAACAGCCCUGUUCGAGUGCCACGUGACCGGGCCGCAGGACAUAGACGUGGACUGGCUGACCAGUGGGAAGCUGAUACAGCCAGCCCUACUGGACUGUAAGAUGCAGUUUGAUGGGAAAAGGUGCCGCCUGUUGCUCAGGUCCGUCCAUGAGGAUGACAGCGGCUGCUACACCUGCAAACUCAGCACAGCGAAAGAGGAGCUCAUUACCAGCGCCAAGCUCACUGUCAUCCCGUCAAAGGAACCCCUCUUCACACGAAAGCUGGAGGCGCUGGAAGUUAUUGAAGGUCGAUCUGCACGUUUUGACUGUAAAGUCAGUGGGACACCACCACCUGAAGUUACAUGGAUGCACUGUGAACAUCCAGUAGUGGAGAGUGAAAAUAUUCACAUUUUCACUGAGGGUGGUCGCCAUUCCCUGGUCAUCUCCCAUGUUACUAAGCAGAGUGAGGGGUUUUACUCGGCUAUUGCUCGAAACGCUCAUGGGCAAGUCGAAACCUCGUCUGAACUCUAUGUGCAGGAACCUCGGCCAGUGAUAUCAUCUCACAUGUCAAGAUUGGAGAAAAUGCCUUCUAUACCAGAGGAGCCAGAGGUGCUGGAGGGAGAGAUGGAGCGCAGGACGAUGCCAGACUUUGUCAAGCCUCUUAGCGACCUCGAGGUGGUACAGGGGAAAGAGGCAGUACUGAAGUGUAAAGUGACAGGCAUGCCAUACCCCACCAUUGCCUGGUACCAUAACAGCCAAAAGAUAGAAAGUACUGAAGACAGGAAAAUGACACAGUCUGGGGAUGUCCACAGUCUGGUUAUUCGGUCAGUGUGUCAUGGCCACAGUGGUGUGUAUAAAAGCGUCAUCUCCAAUAAGGUGGGGAAGGCCACUUGCUAUGCUCAUCUGUACGUGACAGACAUCAUACCUGAACCACCAGAUGGGCCUCCGGUAGUUGAGUCCAUAACUGGAAGAACCAUCACAUUAAGCUGGAAAAGCCCGAAGAAUCUUGAUCCAUCCAUUGACCCUAGUUCCCUCAUGUAUGCUGUACAGCAGCAGGCUUUGGGCUCCAUCCAGUGGAUCAUCAUAGCGUCCAGUCUGAGGGAGACUUCUUACACCAUGACCUCCCUUUCGAAAGGUGUCCGAUAUGCCUUCAGGGUCCUCUGCAGCACCGGCAAAGCUUUCAGCAAACCCUCUCAGCCUACUGAUCUGGUUCAGCUCGUUGACAAAGGGCAGUACCUACGCAAAGCACCAGUCAUCCUGGACAAGCCUGACAUUGUGUAUGCAGUAGAAAACCAGCCUGUUGUCAUUGCAGUAACCCUAAACCAUGUACAAGCAACGGUCACUUGGAAAAGGAGGGGCAUGGUACUUGUGAAUAAGCCUGGUACGUAUGAGGUGCUCAUGCCAGAUGAUGACCAGCAUGCUUUGAAGAUCUCCAGGGUGAAGGGAACUGACAUUGGGCAGCUGAUCUGUAUGGUAAACAACCAGUAUGGCAGUGACCUUUGCACUAUUCAGCUAGUCAUGGCAGCACCUCCUGCUUUUGAGACCAUCAUGGAGGACUUGGAUGUGUGUGUUGGUGAAACACCUCGUUUUGCUGUGGUUGUUGAUGGAGAACCUGAUCCAGACAUUUUAUGGUACAAGGACAAUGUGCUGCUUGCAGAGAGCAGUCAUUUCACUUUUGUUUAUGAUGACCAAGAGUGCUCCCUUGUGGUCCUCAAUGCACAGCCUGAAGAUUCAGGAGUGUACACUUGCACAGCUAAGAACCUGGCAGGAGAAAUCUCGUGCAAGGCUGAGCUCACUGUCCAUACUGCAAAACCGGUGGAGAAGGAGGAGGAGCAAAUAGAGGAUGAAGGGACCAUUCUUAGGCGGAUGCGCAGGCUAACAGAUUACUAUGACAUCCACAAGGAAAUUGGCAGGGGAGCUUUUUCGUAUGUUAAACGGGUGACCUCGAAAAAAGAGAAGAUUGAAUAUGCUGCGAAGUUCAUAUCAGCUCGGGCCAAGAGGAAAGCCUCUGCGCUAAGAGAGAUGGAGCUACUGGCUGAGUUAGACCACGAGAGGAUCCUCUAUUUUCACGACGCAUUUGAGAAGAAAAAUGUUGUGGUUAUCAUCACAGAGCUAUGCCAUGAGGAGCUUUUGGAAAGACUGACGAAGAAGACCACCGUCUUGGAGUCUGAGAUUCGGUCUUGCAUAAGGCAGAUUAUAGAGGGCAUCUCCUACCUACAUCAGAAUGACAUCAUCCAUUUGGACUUAAGGCCUGAAAACAUACUUCUGUCAGACCGCAAGAGUGACCAGAUUAGAAUUUGUGAUUUCGGCAAUGCUCUGAAGCUUACAUCAAACGAAGCACAGUACUGUAAAUAUGGCACACCUGAAUUCAUCGCCCCUGAAAUUGUUAACCAAACACCUGUCUCUAAAGCAACUGAUAUCUGGCCUGUGGGAGUGAUCACGUACUUGUGCCUCACUGGAGUGUCUCCUUUCGCUGGUGAAAAUGAUCAUGACACAUUGCUCAACAUCAGGAAUUCUAAUGUGGCAUUUGAAGAGAGUAUGUUUGCUGACCUGUGCAGAGAGGCAAAGGGAUUUGUCAUUAAGCUUCUUGUAACAGACAGACUGAGACCUGAUGCCACCGAAUGUCUUCGACAUCCAUGGUUCAAGACUCCAGUAAAAGGAAAGAGCGUCAGCACAACAGUGCACAAGCAAGUAUUGGCUAGGCGGAAAUGGCAGCGUUCACUCAUCAGCUACAAGUCUAAAAUGGUGAUGAGGUCCAUCCCAGAGCUGCUUGAUGACUCCUCUUGUUCCGUGUCCCUUGCUGUGCCCAGGAACCUCAAAGAGGGCUCACCACCGCCCUCAUCCUCGUCUGACUCUGACGAGGACAUUGACGAGCUUCCCUUCAUACCCAUGCCUCUCACAAUGAUGUUUUCUGGCUCUCGUAUGUCUCUGACUGAGAUUCAUGAGGACGACGAAGUUGCUGGAACAACCACUGGCACCUACCAAAACAUUCACCAGAAUAAAGAUGCUAUGGAAUGUGAACCAUCUGAUUCUAAGCAGAAUGUGUACCACACAGAAUCUUCAGAAAGGACUGAGCAACCAGAGCUGCCAGUGGGAUUGAGUUUGGAGGCAGAACAAGCCUCAGCCAAGCCCAGAAGGCGACUGAUGCGAAGAGGAAGUUCUGCUGACAGUGCCCUUCUUCUCCACAUCACACCUGAAGAAGGGGCUACGGAGGAGGCUUCAGAGGAAAGCGAGAAGAACAUCAAAAAAGCAGUGUCCAUGGAGCUGCCACAUAGGAGUAACAGUCCCUGUCUGGGUAAAUUGAACCAGGAAGACUAUGCGCUGAAACUGGAACUCAUGAGGCAAAAACUCCUCAGAGGAGGCUCUAUGGAUAAGAAGUUGAGUGGGCUUCGUGGUCCCCUCUUUGAGACUCUGGGUGUUGAUGAUGAAAGGAGGACUGCUUCGUUAGAUCGCAACUUGCGGAGAGCUAGAAUGGGUGGCCUGACCCGGGCCACCACUGCUGUUGGUAGUCCUGGAGAGAGCCCGCCCAAGACAAAAGUGUUUCGGAAGAGUGCUUCCUUUACUCAUGGUGAAUCGGAGCCCAUGCCCCUGCACAGAAGAUCUGGAGCUCCACUUGAGAUUCCAUCAGCUCAGUGUGAAGAGAUCAAACUGCAAGAAGCAAAGUCUGUGUCUGGGCUCACAGAGCAACCCAAUUUAGAGCCUCAAUCUGUACAUCCAAGGGAGAUUUCUUCUAAGCCACUGACUCCAGACCUAAAAACUAAAGAAAUCACAGAGGAGGAAGAGAGAAAUAGCACAGAGCAGAAUGAACCUUCCUUGCAGCCUUUGGUACAGAACAGUAUGGAGAAGACCAGGGAGCACGUGUCUCCUUCAGAUUUACAAUUGCAAGACAGCAGUGAAAGUCUCCCACAUGACAUAGCUGUGAGAAAUUCCAGGACAAUGCAGACAAAUGGGAAGUACAAACCUUCACCGCUCCUGAAGAUCUCAGAGCCAGAAACAUCAUCCAGCUUUGAACACCCAGCUGUCUUUGCAAAAGUAGCAUUGUCUUCUCCAGCACAGCACCCAAGUCUUAGAUCUGAUAUCAAAGACAUUGACUCAGAGGAAGUCUUUGAAGCUAGGUUUAAGAAGCGAGAAUCCUCUUUAACACGUGGCUUGAAGCGCCUCACAAGGACAAAAACUGAGGAAAAAUCUCCUGUUCUUUCACAAAAGUCAGGUGAAGAGGUUUAUCGACCAGGGCCAACAGGUGCACCGCUGGAGUUUGUGUCAAGAGGAUUGCAGGAAAAGGCCAAGUCAUUGCAAGACCUUAGGGAGGUGGACAGGGAUCCUGGCCUCGGAGUAAUUGGCAGGCUGUCUUUGCGUGCAAAAAAGACACAUGUCGCUGAGAGAAAAGAGGACAAUCCUGACUCCGUUUCCAGACGAAGAGUGACCUGGGCUCUGGGGCGUAGUAAAUCUCUGGACAAAAAAGCAGCUGACGUCGGGGACACUAUCUGUGAGAAAGACCCAGAAAGAGAAAAUGUAGAAAGAGGCCGUAAGAAGCUGUCAGAGUCACCCGUUUUCUCAAUGCGACGCAAAUUUGAGUCUAAGGUUUCGAGUAUAUCUGACAGAAUGCGCAGUAAGUCACAGGAAAGAAAAGAGACUAAGGAAACACGUCCUGAAGUGAAUACUGAGGUCACAGACAAUACUAAGGAGAAACAAGGCAUCAAGAAGGUCAGUGAUUCACCAGUGUUAGCAAUGCGCAAGAAGUUUGAAUCAAUUUCUGGAUCUUUAAGAAACCGAAGUCACUCUGAAGAGACACAUGGAGAGGAAGACACCAAAAAAGAGGGAAACCGAACACCUCUGCUCGGACGACUCCGCUAUUCGAAGUCUGAAGGUGUCAAUUUAAAGAAGAUGGACAUUCCUGAGAACCAGUUAGCUUCACAGACUGCCUGUGCAGUGUCUAAAGAGUCACUAGACUCCACAUCAAGUGCACAGUCUGUAAAAUCAUCUCAAACCCCUGAAAGUGACCGCAGGUCUCGAUGGGACCGAUGGGGAUUGUCCAGAAUAAAGAGAGAUAGGACGCCUUCUCAGUCGAGCGUUCCCUCAACCCCUUCAGAAGAUGAUAGUCAGACCUCACAUCAAUAUAGUCGAUCUGUCUCUGAUUUCCCUCCAGUUUUCCAUAUUAAAUUGAAGGACCACAUUCUUCUGGAGGGAGAUCCAGUCACCCUGAGUUGCCUCCCUGCUGGCAGCCCCCAACCAAAAAUUGUCUGGAUGAAAGAUAAGAAACCUUUAGAGAUUGAGGACAGAAUGAACUUGAUGUCUAGUCCGGAUGGAAGACAGUUACUGAUGAUAAUGAAGACCGGCAAGAAAGAUGCUGGACUUUAUGAGUGUGUGGCAACAAAUAACCUGGCCUCUGCAACCAGCUCUUGUACCUUGUCUUUAGCUAGUAUUCCAAAACGCCCAGGGACGCCUGAGAUUCCUCAGACUUACAACAAUACAGCCCUGGUCUUAUGGAAACCAGCCGACAACAAAGCCCCAUGCACAUACACACUUGAGAGGAAAACUGAGAGUGAUUACAACUGGCUGACUGUGGCUGCGGGAAUUGCAGAUUGUUAUUACAAUGUUACGGACCUUCCAUCUGGUGUAAACUUUCAUUUCCGUGUGGCAUGUGUGAACAAAGCGGGACAGGGCCCAUACAGCAAUGUCUCCGAGAGAGUUGGCAUCAAUAUUCCAGUGGCUUCAAUCCCCCAACCUGCUUUAGUGAAAACAGUUCCAUCAGCUUGUCCUCCGUUUUUGAGUCCUCAUGUGAUCACAGCUGCUGUUACAUCUGCACAGCCAGCACCUCCCCAGUCCUCUUAUGCAGCUCCACAGACUCUCACCUCCACUGCCCCGUGGAGAGUUACCGGCACUACACCAGCCUCACCUUCCUCCACAUCUGAGCCUUCUACCCCUCAGCCUGUGGUCUCAUCACUUUCAGCAGCUAAUGUUAUUCCCAUCAUUACAGAGCCUAAGGUACAGACUGAUGUUGUAAACACUGCCCACACAGUUGCUGUCAAUCAGUUGCCUCUAAAGGUGAAAUCUGUCCCACCCUUUGUCCCCCCAAAACCAAACAGCCCUGUAAACGUGGUUCCCCCCAUCACACAAGUACAGUCUGUGAGCCAAAGGCCAUGCACUGCUCCACCUUCAGUGGGUCGGCCAAUUUCUCCAGUCCCUACAUAUGUCCCAGCCACCACUGCUCGAGUUGCUCCUACCCCAAUCACCCCUCCUGUGGUUAUAGCAAGUAGUAUCAGUCCUAUUGGGGAUGGAGCUGUUUCCACUUCUACAGAAACACCCAUGGGAAGGGCGAUCCCUGCAGCCAAAAGUGACAGAACUUUGAGGCAGGGAGUUCCACAGAAACCAUACACAUUUCUGGAUGAAAGAGCCAGGGGUCGAUUUGGCAUAAUACGGGACUGUCGGGAGAAUGCCACUGGGAGAAUGUUCAUGGCAAAGAUUGUGUGCUAUGACCAAGAGAACAAGCAGACAGUGCUACAGGAGUAUGAGAUCUUGAAAUCCCUUCAUAACGAAGGAAUCAUGGCUUUACAUGAGGCUUACGUCACACCUCGCUACCUGGUUCUCAUUACAGAAUGCUGCAUGGGCAAAGAGAUCCUGUACAGCCUUACUGAUAGGUUUCGUUACUCUGAGGACGAUGUGGUGGGUUACAUAGUCCAGAUCCUGCAUGGUUUGGAGUAUUUGCACAACCACCGGAUCCUUCAUCUAGACAUCAAGCCUGAUAACGUCAUGGUUACCAACCUCAGCGUCAUUAAGAUCAUAGACUUUGGCAGUGCUCAGAACUUCAAUCCCCUUUUCCUCAAACACUACAGUAGAGAUUUGGGAACUUUGGAAUACAUGGCGCCAGAGAUGCUUAAAGGGGAUGUUGUGGGGCCUGCAGCAGAUAUAUGGAGUCUGGGAGUUCUUACGUAUGUUAUGCUAAGUGGCAGGCUGCCGUUUCAAGAGAAAGACCCGAGGCAGACAGAGACCAAAAUACACACAGCAAAGUUCGACUCGACUAAGCUGUACCCAAAUGUUUCCCAAAGUGCCUUGGCUUUCCUCAAAAAAUUGCUGAAUGGUUAUCAGUGGUCCCGACCCACCACUAAAGACUGUUUCAGCAACGCUUGGCUGCAGGAUUCUUACCUGAUGAAGCUACGACGGCAAACCCUGACCUUCACCACUACACAACUGAAGGAGUUUCUUGGGGAUCACCAGCGCCAGCGGGCCGAGUCAGCCACCAAACACAAGGUCCUCUUGCGGGCCUACCAGAGUGGGCCUCAAUCGCCAGCCUCAACUUCAGCACCCAGCCUGUCCAGCACACCUGGCUCCAAAUAAAAACCUUCACUCCAUGCAGAGCUCCAGAUUACCUGAAGGCAUAGAGGCCCCACUCUUAUCUUACCAACUACUAAGGACAGAAGUGCAGGAGGUGGAACUGGAUCCUUUAUCCCGAGUUGAAGAGCAUUCAAUGUUAAUGAAUACUGUUAAUGUGUACUACUAGUAGGUAAGUAAUAACAGGUUGAGCUGUGGUAGUUUGAAGAUCAUGGCACAAAUGUAAUUUUAAAAAGGUGUGGUAUACAGAGCAAUACGAAACUCCAUGUGUUUGGCCUUUGGCUGAGGAAUGUAGAACUGAAUUCUGAAUUUCAGCACCAACAGAGUUUCUCAUAUUAAACCUAGGCACUGCAGAAAGACAGGACACAUGGGCCUGUAUAUGAAGCAGAUUACAACACAGCUUUCUCAACACUAUCAAACACUUUCACACUUGCUAGUGUUUUUUAAUAUUAUAUUUUGAGUUGCACCUGACUGUUGCUAAAAUAUUUUAUCUGUGGGAAUGAUUGUAAAUAUAUAACAGUUUUAGAGAGGAUAAAUAUCUGUACUCUGUAUAAUGGCUUAAAUCCUGUUUGCUCAGAAAGGAUACAGAGAGUGGCAGUGACAGGUUUUGCUGCACUGAACGAGCGCUGGUCAUCCUCCUGGACAUCAGCCUUCUUGCUGAUGUGCUCUACAGAUUUGUUCCAAAUCUAACCAGUGAUUCAGCAAACGAGCUCCUUUUAAAGGGCCCAUAUUCUGUUUUGUAUCCUCACAUUUUUUCUUGAGGUCAAUUUAUAAUGUUUGUGUCUUACCAUAAUCUUUUUAUGUCCAUUGCCGUCACAGUAGUUUUCCAACCUCUCUUGACCCCCUGAAUUAAACAAAGAAAAGCUGCUUUUGUAGUUGUGCCUUUAAGAUCUCUCCAUUUAAAUGACCCCUGUUCCGAUUGGCUGACCACUUCACAAGUGCCCUGCGUUGUGCCUACUGCAAAAAGCAGUCUGGGCUGAAAUGUGCAUCAGUUGGAUAAACUGUGCUAGGCUAAAUGUGUGGCUUUCUGUACACUUGUUUGUGGUUGUGACAUCACAAGCAUGAAUUCAAAAAGGGCUGUUUUUGCAACAUAUUUGCCAAAUGUGGACUGGGGUGUGAACAGUACAUCUUGAAACUUCAGCAGUUUGCAUAGAACAUUAAACUUGUGCAUAUUUUAACAAAUGCAAGGAAAUUAGGUUUUUCUGUGAUUCUGGGCCCUUUAAAGACUGCAAGCUGGAACCAACUCUAAAGCAGAAAGUAGAAAUCCAGGAGAAGGCUGGUGUCCAUUGAUAUAUAGGUUAUGUUGCACAGUGUUCAUAGGAAGUAUGAUCAUGAAUGUAUGUAUGUGGUAGACGUGACAGUACUCUUAGAUGUCAUAUAGCUGACUGUUACUUCACUGCAGCUGUGUAAAGCUCUAUUUAUUUAUCUAUUUAUUUUUCAGUGAUUUGCAUCCAUGUAUAUGGUUCUUGGCCUGGCAUGCAUUUGCGGAGCACUUUUUCAAACAAGACAACAGUAAACACAGAUUCAGCUCGGUCAUAAUUCAGUUCGUAUUUCUGCUGGGGUUUGUUUUUGUAAAAUACAAUGGGAACUGUGUAAUGCUGUGUAAAUAUGUUCACAAGUUUUGUUUGUACUUCUGGAAAUCGUUUUGCAGUUUUUUUGCAACGUGUAAUUUGAAUGACAGAAGUGUUCAUUGAAUUAAAAAAAAACGUAUUGUUUAA